AUGGUAACAUCGAUUGCAUCGGCGAAAGCAAAGUCGGAAGCCUGGGAAGUUUCAGUUUAUGAUUUGCAAAAUCAACAACAUGAUAAAGUUCCAGUCACCAAUUCAAAAAUUGGAGAAUACUAUUUCAGUGAUAAACUAGACGUUAGUGACUAUUAUAAGUUAGAUAAGUCAUCAAUUGAAACAUUGGAUGAUAUUUAUAAUGAUGCAUCAGCUUCUGAAACUGAAAAACCAAAAUUAUACAUUAACUUACACGGAGUUUCCCAAGGGAUUUUCAAAUUUAAACCAAUUUUUAAAAUUUUGGAAUCAAAGUAUAAAAAAAUUAUUAAUUUAGACGAUAGUUUAACCAAACAAUUACAACAGUUUGUUGAAUCUCAUUCAGAUUAUAAAAUUAACCAGUUAACUAGUGAAUUAAAGCUUUUAACUAAACACGAUUCAAGUUUGGUUAAUCAUUUUAAGUAUUUUGAUGAUCAAUUGAUUCAAAUAUGGAAUACUUUUAAAAAAGGAUAUCAAUUCAAUGGCAAUCAACAAGUCUUAUCCAACCAUGUUGAUUUCAUUAAUGAAAAAUCAUUCAUUAAUGGAUUAUCCCAAUUAAUUCAUUUAAAUAAUAUCGAACAUUUUGAAAAUGAUGAUAUUAUCAAGUUUGAUACUUUUGCCUUGGACUUAAUCGGUAAAAAAAUUGGUUAUGAUUCAACUACUUAUAAAUUUUGUGAAAAAAUUUUGGGUGAUUAUUUAAUUUUAUUAUCUUCAAAAUUUGAUGUAACCGUUUUAACUUUCCCAUCAAUUGAUCUGAUUAAUGAUGAUGAGAUUAUUAAUUCUAAAAAAAAUAACUUACGUAAAAGAGAUUUGGAAUUAUCAAAAGUUUUCGAAACUUAUAAUAAAAGAUCUUCUUCUCAAUCUUCUUGUUUUACCAAUGAAGAAGCUUGUCAAGUUGGUACUUCCAACUGCAAUAGCCAUGGUGUUUGUACUAAAAUUGGCUCAAAAUGUUGGCAAUGCUUAUGUUCUUCAAGCUUUAACGAAUCUACUCAUAAAACUACCAAUUGGUCAGGUUUCGAUUGUGGUUCAAAAGAUAUCUCUGCGCAAGCUAACUUAUUAUUUUGGUCUUCUUUAGCCAUUAUCGUUGCUUUCAUUGGUGGUAUCAAAUUAUUAGUUGACGUCGGUGGUGAAUCAUUACCUGGAGUUUUAGAUGCUGCUACUGCUCCAACUAAAAAAAAUUAA